UAAACUAGGAAAACAUUAUGCGCGACAUUUUUUAAAAUAAGGUAGAAAUAAAAUACAUCGAACUUGCACUUAGAACUGAAACUGACUUAACAACUUAUCAUUGAAAGGUGAUUCUAAUAAUUUUCGUAUACACAUAACGUACAAAGGCGAGUAAACGACAGCGGCUUUUGAUUUUGAUUUGAUUGACGUAACGCAAUCGCUCGCCAUUGUAUUACAGAUGCGUUCUGUUCCCACGAUUUUGCUUAUGAAAGUUUUAUUCUUUUUUAAAAUGCAAUUUUUUGCAAUAAUAUACUUAACGUAUUUAAUAGUACCAGGGAUAUACACCGAAGAUGUCAGUUAUCAAGCAUGUGUGGAUAAAUAUUCUAGAAAAGGGUAUCAGCCCUGGCAGGAAUGGUCCGAUCAUUACACAUGCCAUCGCUACAGAUGUGAAAUUAGAGACGGGAAAUAUUUCAUUGCAGCUGUUGGGUGCCGAAAACCAAAAAUUCCAGAAAAUGCUUUAGAAUGUCACGAAUACAUUGAAGAUGAAAACGUUGAGUUCCCAACUUGUUGCGCAAGAUUGCGAUGUGUUGUUGAAGUGAACGGUGAAAGAAUAGUGCAGACCAGAGGACAACCAGGGGAACUGUUCCCUGACAAACCUUGGAAGGGCCAGCAGAACGAACCCAACCCGGCGGUAGUGGGCAUGGGCAGUAUUCAACAGAACACGGUGGGCGGCGAGGCGCAGCCGCAGUCCGCACCUGGGAUAUUCAACAGCAGAGGCGCAGGCAAGCAAACGGAUGGCAACGAUAUUAACGGACGUCGCUUCGUGGACCCCUACCCCAGUCAGCAGAUGCAAGAAAACCCACGAAGGAAGAGAUCAACUGUGUACCCGAUAUUCGAUAAAAACAUGGUACGGGAAUCAAACGCAUACCAACCGCAACAAGUUAAAUUACACGGAUAUUCCGCAGAAAAAUACACAUCCUAUUUCACGAAUAAUAUAAAAACCCUAUCUAAUUCGAAACAUCUCUUCAAUUAAAAUUAAUAUGUUUUCGUUAAUAUUGACUUAGUGGGAGUACAUGCGAUAUCAAAGAAUAAUUUCGACUAUAUAAUAUAUACGACUAAC